GUUAAGCCACGAUAUAAACAACAUAUCCACGUAGUCAAUGGUCCAUUCUGCGAUAGGUGGCGAUAGUUCACUGAUACACGAACCGCCGUGAAACAAGAUGACGUCACAACUAGCGUCAUCAGUCAGCGUUGGGUCUCCUGAGUUUUGUUGCCCCAUCACACAGCAGUUCACCCACAGUUCAGCGUCUUCACAGUAAAAGAUGGAAUGUUCCCAGUAGUCUAAAAGUGAAGAAGAUAAAGUUUGUGAAAGAAAGUAAACAAACAUGAAUGAUCCAGAGCCCUGCGGAAUAAAACUGGAAGAUAUUGAACAACAAAUAGACCUGAUAGAAGAGAACGAGGAGACUGAAGAACUUAUUGAAGAAGGGGAGAUUCAUCAGGUCAAAACUGAAGAAACAUCCUGGAGUCCCUCAUUGAAAAACGACAAUAUAUGUUUCACUUGCCCUCAGUGUGGAAAGUGUUUCUCAUUCAAGCAAAAUCUUGACCUUCACAUAAAAUUGCAUAAUGGAGAGAAGCCGUACGCAUGUGAUCAGUGUGAGAAGAUUUUCACUAUAAAAAGAAACCUGAUUGAACACGUGAAAAUUCACACUGCAGAGAAGCCACACACAUGUGAUCAGUGUGGGAAGAGCUUUUCACAAAAAGGAAACCUUAACGAACACCUGAAAAUCCACACUGGCGAGAGGCCAUUCCCAUGUGAUCAGUGUGAGAAGAGAUUCACACAUAAAGGAAACCUUAAUGAACACCUGAAAAUCCACACGGGCGAGAAGCCAUAUGCAUGUGAUCAGUGCGGGAAGAGUUUUGCACAUAAAACAAACUUUAACGACCACAUGACAAUCCACACUGGAGAGAAACCACACACUUGUGCUCAAUGUGGGAAGAGUUACGCACGAAGAGGAGCCCUUAAUGAUCACAUGAAGAUCCACACCGGAGUGAAUCCGUACACGUGUGAUCAGUGUGGGAAGAGUUUCAGAAAAUCAGGGGUUUUUAAAGUACAUCAACUUACUCAUUCUAGAGAAAGACUGCACAAUUGUGACCAAUGCGGUAAAAGUUUUUUUAGAGCAGAUUUCUUGAAGGACCACCUGAAAGUUCAUUCAAAGGAGAGGCCUCAUGUAUGUUCUUUGUGUGGAAAGAGUUUCAGACAGACGAGUGCAUUAAAGAGACAUCAGAAAAGACACAGUGGUGUGAAGGAUCAUGUUUGCUCUGAAUGUGGGAAGGCUUUUUUUACAGAUAGUGCACUGAAAGUGCAUCAGUCAGUUCACACUCGAGAAACACCUUAUAAGUGUUCACACUGUGACAAGAGCUUCAAACGCUCAGAAUAUCUGAAAAUACACGAGAGGAUCCACACUGGAGAGAGACCGUAUCUCUGCCCUUCAUGUGGGAAGAGUUUCACUCAUUUAUCUUCUCUAAUCGGUCAUAAAAAAAAAUGCAUGUCUGAAAUUACAAUAAGUAGUUCGAGUUGAACUGUAAGACUGCAUCAAACAAUUGUUGAUAAUUGAUUAAUCAAAGGUUGUUAGAUCAAUGAAUCAACUGAUUGUUGAUUAUUUUACAGAUUAAUAAUUAUUAAUUAUUUUAUUUUAAUCAUUUUAUUAUUAUUUUGUCAUUGUUCAUGCUUUUAUAUUUUAUAUUGCUUAUUCUUUUACUUAUUUCCUUGCGAUGCUUGCUAUUGUUGUUUAAUCUUAUGAAUAUUAUUGGUAAGAGAUUAGAGAAUGUCAUUGUUUCAAAGUUUUUAAUUUUGUAAAGCAGUGCUUUUUCCAUUGUUUUUGCUUUGGUAUAAUAGGACUUGUUGGAUUUGUCUGAGCUAUUAUACAAUUGCAUUCAGAUGAAAUCUUGAGCAUUGAAACAUACGCAACUAAGAUUAUUCAAUAAAUUGUGGUCUUUGUUAUA